AAUUCCAGAUUUCCUUCAUCUCGGAAAUGAAUGACUAAUCAGAGACGGCUGCGAUCCUUCUUCUUCUUUUUGUAUGUGUGUGUGUGUGUGUGUGUGUGUGUGUUUAAUGUGACGGUGCGGAACAGGGGCUGGAACUGCUCUCUGGAUGAGAGGUGAUCAUCCUCAUCAUCGCCCCGCGUCUCCUCCGCUGUUUCUCCUCCCGGUGAGUUCGAUCGCGCAAACACGUGGACUACCGACGCCGCUCCCUGGCUUCACACCGGACCUCUGCCCUCAAAAGUAAGGUCUUCCCCUGCCGUCCCGUGUCAAUUCGGUCUCUCUUGUGGAUUCAACUUUUGGCGCGCCUCAAAGAUGAGCGACCUUGAGGAGGACUUUGCCAAGAUCUUGAUUUUGAAGGAGGAGAGAAUUCGGGAGCUGGAGAGGCGCCUGGCGGAGCGAGAAGAUGAGAUACAAGAGCUGAAGCGGAAGCUGCACAAGUGUCAGUCGGUGUUACCGAGCGCGCAAGUGAUCGAGCCGAGGACGAGGCGCGCGCAGGGCAUUUCAGCCGAGCCGCAAACGCACCAGGACUUAACAAGGCAAAGCUUCCGCAAACACCCCAAAUCUGACAGGUCCAAGGACUUGAUCAAAGAAGCCAUCUUAGACAAUGACUUCAUGAAGAAUCUGGAGCUGUCCCAGAUCCAGGAGAUAGUGGACUGCAUGUAUCCAGUGGACUAUGGCAAGGACAGCUGCAUCAUUAAAGAGGGCGAUGUAGGGUCUCUUGUCUAUGUAAUGGAAGAUGGCAAAGUGGAGGUGACAAAAGAAGGCUUGAAGCUGUGCACCAUGGGUCCUGGGAAAGUGUUUGGAGAGCUUGCCAUCCUUUAUAAUUGCACACGAACGGCCACAGUAAAGACUCUAACCAACGUGAAGUUAUGGGCCAUCGACAGGCAGUGCUUUCAGACCAUCAUGAUGAGGACUGGACUGAUCAAACAUGCAGAGUACAUGGAUUUUCUCAAAAGUGUUCCAACAUUCCAUAGUCUUCCAGAAGAAAUACUAAGCAAGCUGGCGGAUGUCCUUGAGGAGACACAUUAUGAGGAUGGAGAUUAUAUAAUUAGGCAAGGAGCCAGGGGAGACACCUUCUUCAUCAUAAGUAAAGGCAAGGUGAACGUGACCCGGGAGGACUCUGCCAGUCAGGACUCAGUGUACCUGCGCUCCCUUGGGAAGGGUGAUUGGUUUGGAGAGAAAGCCUUGCAAGGAGAGGACAUCAGGACAGCCAGUGUCAUUGCUGCAGAUACUGUUACCUGCCUUGUUAUUGACAGAGAGUCUUAUAAGCACCUUAUUGGAGGUUUGGAGGAUGUAUCCAGCAAAGGAUCAGAAGAUGCAGAGGCCAAAGCAAAGUAUGAGGCAGAGAAUGCAUUCUUCCUCAACCUGCACCUGUCUGACUUCAACAUCAUAGACACCCUUGGAGUUGGAGGAUUUGGGCGUGUUGAGUUGGUGCAGCUGAAGAGUGAUGAGUAUAAGACAUUUGCUAUGAAGAUCUUGAAGAAGCGCCAUAUUGUCGACACCAGACAACAGGAGCACAUCCGCUCAGAGAAACUCAUAAUGCAGGAAGCUCACUCAGACUUCAUCGUUAGGCUAUACAGGACUUUUAAGGACAGUAAAUACUUGUACAUGCUGAUGGAGGCGUGUCUAGGAGGGGAAUUAUGGACCAUUCUCAGAGACAAGGGUUCAUUUGAUGAUUCUACUACACGAUUUUACACAGCAUGUGUAGUGGAGGCUUUUGCAUAUCUGCAUUCCAAAGGCAUUAUUUACAGAGACCUUAAACCAGAGAACCUUAUACUGGACCACCGGGGCUAUGCAAAACUGGUGGACUUUGGCUUUGCUAAGAAGAUUGGGUUCGGGAAGAAGACAUGGACAUUCUGUGGUACACCAGAAUAUGUAGCCCCUGAGAUCAUUCUUAACAAAGGGCAUGAUAUCUCAGCAGAUUACUGGUCCCUGGGCAUCCUUAUGUAUGAGCUACUAACAGGCAGCCCUCCUUUUUCAGGCCCUGAUCCCAUGAAGACUUACAAUAUCAUUCUAAGAGGCAUUGACAUGAUUGAAUUUCCAAAGAAGAUUACCAAAAAUGCUGCCAAUCUCAUUAAAAAGCUAUGCAGGGACACUCCUUCUGAAAGAUUAGGAAAUUUAAAAAAUGGAGUCAAAGAUAUUCAAAAGCACAAGUGGUUUGAAGGCUUUAACUGGGACGGCUUACGGAAGGGAACACUGACACCACCAAUCGUCCCUAAUGUCACAUCGGCCACAGACACGAGCAACUUUGACAGCUUUCCAGAGGACAAUGAGGACCCUCCCCCUGAUGACAACUCGGGCUGGGAUACAGAUUUCUAAAUCUGCACACUACAAGCGCAUACAGUACAAUCCAAGCUGAAGACCUGUUCCGCUGUUACCUGGAGCAGAACUGCUUCUUUUGGGACAGGCUACAUUUAAAACUGCUCAAAGACAGACAGAAAGAGAGAGAGAGAGAGAGAGAGAGAGAGAGAGCAAACUGAUUGAAGAAAAGAAAAUCAAAACACUUCUUUUUGGUUUAGUCUUGACUGUUGCAGGAGAGGAAUUAAAGUCCCUGUGGACUCAAAAUAUGCUGAACUGCUUAUACACUAGUCCUUAUAAAAAGGGGGGAAUAAUAUAUUCAUUGUGUGUGUGUGUGUGUGUGUGUGUGUGUGUGUGUGUGUGUGUGUGUGCACAUGUGCCUGCCACAAGCCAUUCUUAACACAGGCUAUUGUGGAUAUGUUGUAGCACGUUGUGACCUCACUUGAUUGAUUUUUCUCCAUGAUUAGCUGCAAAGUCUUUUCUAACUCUUGUGCAGACUACUCAGUAAAGUGUGCUAUACACAAAAUCAUAGUCAAACAUUACACAUCAAAAAGCAAGGAUAGUCAAUCAGGCUAUAACAGAGCAUGUACAUACAGUAAUAUUUUACCCACAAUGUUAUGCUUUCCUGGUGACUAUUAAAAAGCACAUAUUUGUGAGUGACUUCUAUUAAUGCCUAAAAAUAUUUCUCAGUGCCCAAAGCAGAAAUUAAUAAUUAAAUGUAAUAAUUAAAUUAUUGUUGGGUAUAACUGAGAGUGGCUAUUAUGGCUUGUGUUGUGACCAGCUCAGAGCUUGUCUGGGUUAUCACAGCUCCCUGUGUGCCACAAAUUUAUGACUCUGUUAAUAUAAUAUGCUCAAAGAGACUAUUGAAUUUACGAUUAUCCACUUUAUUUAUAAAGCCUAUUAGGCUACGUUCACAUUACAAGGUUGAAGCUGGCUUUUUUUUUUAAACCAAAUCGUGGCACAGAUCUUGUUCCUUGUGAACAGUAAAAUUUAUAUUUUUCAAUUAAUUUUAUCCUAAAUCAGCCAGACAAAAAAUACAGGAUUUUGAUUCUUUUCAUUUUUUUUUUUUCCAACUUUAUAUUUUACUCUGCAUGCACAUCUCAUGUCUGGCUCUGCUCCCACACCCACACACCCCUCAACAUAGAAGUGCCAGUAAUAACCAGAAAAAGAUUAAAGUCUAUGAGCAGCUUAUCUUUUUCUGAUUUCUAACACUUAUCAUGAACAGCCAACAUGUGGCUUGAUGACCUCUUGAGCAAAUUGUGCUGAUUUUAUUGCUUCAGCAAAGACGGAUUGCCUCAAAAAACAACAACAACAACAAAAAGAUUUGGUUUAUGUGUAGGCUGCAUCACAGCUUAUCAAACCUAAGGAGAGAAAAAAUAGAAUUGAGCAAUAACGCUUGUAAUGUGAACCUAGCUAUAAACUGGCUGGAAUGAGAAGUAAUUGUUUAUAACCAGUAACCACUGUGAUGAGGUAGGUUUUUAACACGUCUAUGAAGUGAAUCUUGAGGAACUGAGACUUUAAUGGUUUCAUAUUUGGAUAAACCUAAUGAUAUGAUUACAUAGCUAUAGGUAAAUUCAGGUGUCUCACAAAUAUGACAUUUCACAGAUUACAUUAAAAAGAACUGAUGAUGAAAAUUCACAGUGCCUUAAGUCAAUGGCCUCCUAAUCCUCUCUUGAUCAUCUGUGUGCUGCACAAAAACCUCAGUGUUCACCAUUACAACAUAUCCAUUUCCUCUGCUCUUGCAAUCAUGUUAAAAUUUAUGGACUGUUUUAAAAAUCUAGAGUAAAAAGUCACUUUCCUUUUUCUAAGUCUAAAUCUGCACACAGCUUGACACUGUGAAAUUGGACAGAGACACAGAACUACGUGUCCUUGAGGCAUGAUGUUGCCUCUGUAUUUUUAUGUGGCUUGACUGGCAGCGUAGCUGAAAACUGAUAACACUGCAUUAUCUGACUGUUUCAUCCUGUUUGUGAAUUUGUACUGUGUUACAAAACCCAAAUGCUGAAUAUUAUAGCAUAUGUUGUACUAAACUGCAUUGAGGUGCCCUCCUUAACUGAGUCCUCCUUUCACUGCUUACUGAGCUAACAUAGUCAAUGCAAAAUACAGUAAACCAAGAGGAGAUGGCAAUCAUGAUUUGCAGUACAAUGUUAAUGCUUUUGUCUAAUGCUUACUACAUAGCCCACAAUGGACACAAUAUAAACCUGGGGCAUUAUUUAUAAACAACCACUUUUUUUGGUUGCUUUGGUUGCUUUGACUGCCAGUUUUUGGCAAGAACAUGUUUCAUCUGUUGAAUGCCAACAGUGUGAAUUCUACCUACUUGAAAAUGAUUUUGCCCUGUAUAAGGAUCAAAAACAUUUUUGAAUUGCCUACACAGAUUUGUUGGAAUACUGUAAAUGUUUAUCACGUGAAUUGAAUGGCUGUUCAGCCCUAACAGGCAAUAGCAAUGUUUCUAAAAUUCAUUAAUAUAUAAUGCCUUAGAUUACAAAAUAUUUCAUAUUUGUUUAUGUAAUAUACGACCUAGCCUUAAAUGUGUUAACUGUUUCAUCUGCCUGCAAAAUCUGCAUUUUUAUUUUGUCCUGAGUGAUAAUUUUUUGCCAAGAUAUUUAUUUUACAUGACUGUAUUCUGAGGUCCUUGUAGUGCAAAGCCACCUGCAGAGUGCCUGUUAUUAACUUUAUAAAGCUGAA